AGUCCCGCUGCUUUACACUGCUGGACGGUGUUUGAGCACAAAAAAAGGAUUUCAGUUUCUGUCUGACCUUACAACCAAAUACAACAGUCAUACCAACCAAAGCAAUGGCCAGUGCGUUCACCAUUACCGAUAUCGAGACGGAUCUGGCCUGCCCGGGUGCGUCCUCCUUCGUUCAGAUACAGCUGAACGAUCUCACCGAUUACCCGUUGGCCUCUGCCGGCGUCAAUACACCACCUGCAGCGAUCGUGCCGGCCAAAUUUCGCAACUACGCCGAGCAGGUUCGCGACUUCCGCGUGUACGACGAUGACGUGUGGAUCGUGACGUACCCAAAGUGUGGCACCACCUGGACGCAGGAGAUGGUCUGGCUGAUCGCUCACGACCUGGACUAUCAAACAGCCCGUGACGUCAAUCUCAACACACGAUCCCAUUUCCUGGAAAUCGGAGCCAUUGCAGACAAGAUACCGGUCGAUACGGUGACGGUAGCAGCCCGCAUGAAGCGUCCGCGGCACAUUAAAUCCCACCUGCCGAUGGCGCUACUGCCCCGCCAGCUUUGGACGGUAAAGCCGCGCAUCGUGUACGUCGCCCGCAACCCGAAGGAUGUGGCCGUGUCCUACCUGCAUCACUAUCGGAUGAUUAUGGGCUACCGGGGCACCAAGGAAGCCUUCCUCGAUGGGCUGCUCGAGGAUCGGGUAAUGUUUUGUCCGCAGAUUAGGCAUGCGCUCGAUUUUUGGACGCUGAAAGAGGAACCCAACGUACUGUUUCUGACGUAUGAAAGCAUGAAGCGGGAUCUGCGAAGCGUUUUGCCCCAAGUGUGUACCUUUUUCGGGAAAAGCUUCACCGACGAGCAGCUGGAUGCGUUGGCCGUGCAUUUAUCGUUCGAUCAGAUGAAGAAAAAUCCAUCAACAAACAACGACCAGAUGGUACGAAGUGCGAUGAAAAUGAAUGGCCGGGAAGGGGAACAAUUUGAGUUUAUGCGAAAAGGAAUUGUUGGAGAUUUUCGCAAUGAGUUGUCGGAAGAGUACAUCGAGAAGUUUGAUCGCUUCAUCGAGCAGCAACUUGCCGGUAGUGAUUUCAAGUACGAUUUAUAAUACUCUAAACUAGUGUUGGGUACAUCUGAUUCAGAUUCAUGAAUCUGAAUGAAUCUUUAAAAAUCUUAAUGAUUCAUGAAUCCCCAAAGACUCAUGAAUCUACAAAUCUACAUGAAUCUUGAAAGACUCAUGAAUAUCCAAAAAAGAUUCAUAAAACUCGAAAGAUUCACGAAUCUCAAGGCAUUAGUGAAUCUCCAAUAAUUCAUAGAACUUUAGCUUCCCAUUAUUCUUCCUUUUUGUGUAACAACUUACGUUGUCAUGACAGCCUAUACAGGCUUUCGAGACUCUUUGGAAAGUACCAUGCGAUCGGACAGUUUGUUUCGCUAUGGGGAGACGAUCCAUGCAGACUUGAAUCCAUGACGGGCAUGUUGUUAGGUGGGAUCGUGCAAAUGCAAUAUUUUGACAAUCAUACACCAUAUAAAGAUUCAUGAAUCCCUGGAGAUUCAUGAAUAUUAAGAGAUUCAUUAAUAUUUAUAGCUUCAUGAAUCUUUGAAGAUUCAUGAAUCCUUGGAGAUUCGUUAAUUUGUAGAGAUUCAUGAAUCUGUCAAGAUUGGUCAAUCUGUAGAGGUUCAUGAAUCUUUGAAGAUUCGUGAAUUUGAGAGAUUCAUGAAUCUUUAAAGAUUCGACUCGAGAUUCGAUUCACUCACCACUGAAGAUUCAUAUGAAUGAAUCUCAUCGAAAGAUUCAUCAAUCCCAACACUACUCUAAACUGUCAAUAAAUAAGCGCUCAAGUUUGAUUACA